AUGGAAAUUCCAUGUGAAUUACAGAUAGAACCCAGUGGAGAUGUUAAUAUAAAAGCUGAUAACAUUCGCAAAUCUCGUAAGAGACGCCGUAGAACAAAAAAACAAGCCGCUCCAUCUCAGCCUUUGCAGAAUACCGAUGCUUCAGAAGCUCCAACUAAACUUCGUGUUCCUUUCGUGAAGAAAAUCAUAUUUGGUGAAGAUGGAGCAAUGCAGAAUUCUUACACUGCCGACAACUGGAAUGACGUUUCUGAUUGCACACGAAGAGCGAAAAAGCGUUCAGGCUAUGUCAGUUUUGCAAAUAUAUAUGCUGAAGAGAAAUUUGCUCCAUCGGAGUCCUUCACUUUGGAUGCUACAAACACUGGAUUACGAUGUAACGUCGUUGAGCGUGAAGACGCUGAAUUUAUUCAUGAAAUACCUGUUAAAUAUAAAAAAGAUCGAAACCUAGAAGUAGCGGUCUACAGUUUUCCUAAUGAUUAUGAAACUGUUGUAAAAUACUGGUACAUCACGUUGCAACAACUCCAUCACUUUACCGAGAUGAACGAAAAUCAAGUGCUGCAGGACAGUGAAAGCAUUACAUGUCCACAGGUUGAAGCAGAUAAUUCAUCUAUUGCACAUGAAUAUCCGAAAGACGAUGAGCUUACGACUGUAUAG